GCUCACCUUCUCAUACACACACACACUGGGCCCUCAGCAAGCAGAAGAAGGGUCUCCCUACAGCGUUACAAACAUGAAGCUAGUUGAAGUGUCGGCUCUUUGCCUCUUGGGGAUUCUAAGUCUCUGUGUCAGUGUGGAAGCGGGAACGUUCGACAUGAUGAGAGAAGCAGCGCUGGCCUACCCCGGCGCCCUGCCCUGUGGGAACUGGGACUGUGACUGUGCCUUCAAGCGCCAGCGUGGCUGCUGCUGCGUGGCCAACGACAUGUGCCAGCUGGAGGAGCAGACCUUCAUGAGGAUGGUGAACCUCUGGGAGCAGCUGAGCACUCUGGAGGGAGACCUCAGGGAGCUUACAGACAACAACAAGAUAGCAUUCAGAGCGUCCAUGCCGUCCAGUCCCACAUGUUUUGGACCCUACACCAGCAAUGUGCCUAUCCCCUACACCUCCAUCUCCCUCAACGACGGACAUGGAUACAACCCUGCUCUGGGGGUGUUCACGGCCCCCCGCACUGGCCUCUACUCCUUCGCCUUGAUGGUGUACUCCAACGUGGGUGACCCCAACGCGCGGCUGUACCACCAGGUGCAGCUGAAGAAGGACGGCCAGGUGGUGGCGUGUGUGUGGGAGGACAACCGUGAGGACCAGGAGGACAGCGGCACCCAGACGGUCCUGCUGUCCCUGCGUAGGGGCGACCAGGUGUACGUGGAGCUACUCGCUGGGAGAAAGCUGUGUGGGAACACAGACAUGAAUGGCAACUCCUUCACUGGAUACCUGCUGUACCCUCUGGCUGAGGAGUAGACACACACACACACACGAAUGUUGUGUGCACACACACACACACGCACAUAGACAUAAACAGAUACACUUGUAUUGUAUGUACAUGUUACACCCACGUGAAAAAAGCAAAUGUACCGAUAUAUGUUGUACGCACACACACCAACACAUUGACUCUUCAGAACCUCCCAUGUUAAGAGAUAUUGUCUCCAUGUAUGAAUAAAAUCAGUUUUGUUACAUCCAGAA